AGUGUCAUUCGUGCACAUUCGUGUCACCAUUGUGCAUUUGCAGUUAGUGUGGUCAAUUUUUCAAGAUUUAUGGGACGUUGUUUGCCUUGCCACGUCUUACAGUAUAAAAGUUGCAAUAAGUAUUUUCAGAAGUUAUCAGUUAUAAUAGCACCGGUAUAAAAAUGUCUAAAAGAAGUCAACCUAAUUGGUGUCCUCCUUCGAGGUCUGACAAGAAACCAGCUUUAAAGUUAUACAAUAGUUUAUCUCGUCAGAAAGAAGAGUUUGUGUGUACCAAUGGGAAUAAAGUUAAUUGGUAUAGUUGCGGUCCUACAGUAUACGAUGCUUCUCAUAUGGGUCAUGCAAGAUCUUACAUAUCUUUUGAUAUACUGAGGAGAAUUAUGUCAAAUUAUUUUGGAUAUGAUAUAUUGUAUGUUAUGAAUAUAACAGAUAUAGAUGAUAAAAUUAUUAAAAGAGCCCGACAAAAUUAUUUAUAUGAAAAUUAUACAAAAGAACCAAGAAGUCUAAAUGAAACUGUAGAUGAUGCAAUAGCUGUUACAAAUUAUUAUGAGAAUGUGGUGAAACAAACUGGAGAUCCAGACAAAAAGAAUGCAUUUCAGAAAAUGUUAGAUAAUGUUGCUGCAUCGGUUAAGUGUCUACAGUCUGCUGUUCAAGAAAAUAAUGAUGAAAAAAUUAGAACUGCUAGAUGUGAAAUGCUCAAGUCUGCUAAAGAUCCUAUAUCAGAUUGGUUGGAUCAUAAAUAUGGUGCAACUGUAACAGAUAAUGCUAUAUUCACCUCAUUGCCCCGAUAUUGGGAAAAUGAAUUCCAUAAAGAUAUGAAAGCUCUAAAUGUAUUACCACCUGAUGUGUUAACAAGAGUAAGUGAAUAUGUACCACAAAUUAUUAAAUUCAUAGAAAAAAUUAUAGAAAACGGCUUGGCAUAUGAAUCAAACGGGUCAGUUUAUUUUAAUGUUAGCGAGUUUGAUAGUAGAGAUAACCACCAUUAUGCUAGACUUGUUCCAGAAGCUUAUGGAGAUACCAAAUCAUUACAAGAAGGAGAAGGUGAUUUAAGUGAUGACACAGCUGAAAAAAAAUCUCCAAAUGAUUUCGCGCUCUGGAAGCGGAGUAAAGCGGGGGAGCCAUCUUGGGAGUCGCCAUGGGGUGCAGGCCGGCCCGGAUGGCAUAUAGAGUGUUCUGCUAUGGCGUCUGAUAUAUGCGGCUCCAAGCUGGAUAUUCACACUGGAGGUGUAGAUUUGAAGUUCCCACAUCACGACAAUGAACUUGCUCAAAGUGAAGCUCAUUUCGACCAAGCAAGCUGGGUAAACUAUUUCCUCCACACGGGCCAUCUGACGAUAGCUGGCUGUAAGAUGUCCAAAUCUUUAAAGAAUUUUGUUACUAUUUCUGACGCGCUGUGCCGCCAUACGGCAAGACAACUCCGAAUAGCAUUUCUACUGCACGGAUGGAAAGACACCCUUGAUUAUUCAGAUAACACCAUGGAAAUGGCGAUACAAACUGAAAAAUUGUUCAAUGAGUUCUUUUUGACGGUGAAAGACGCUUUACGAAGCGGUUAUGAUGAGGGUUGUGGUGGAACGUGGGCUCUUGAGGAACAACAGCUGGCCGCGAAGCUCAGCGCAGCUAAGGAACAAGUUCACGCCGCGCUCUGUGAUAAUAUCGACACGCGUGGCGCGAUUGACGCGUUACGUGAACUAGUGGGGGGUGCUCACGUGUACCUGCGGCAGAGCAAGCCUCGGCCCUCGCCCCUGCUGGCGACCGCCGCCCGGUAUGUGACUGACAUGCUGCACAUUUUUGGGGCCAUCGAAGGCCCUCGAGGCGGAAUAGGAUUCCCUGUCGGUGACGGGGAUAAUAUCAGUUUAGAGGCGACAGUGAUGCCCUAUCUAGAAGCACUGAGUGGGUUCCGUGCACAAGUCCGUGAUGCUGCAAGAACAGUUCGAGCGAACGAAGUUCUUGCGUUGUGCGACGCGUUACGAGACACAGUACUGCCAGAGCUCGGCGUCAGGCUCGAGGACAAGCCAGAUCGCACAGUCGUGAAGUUGGUGAGCAAGGAAGAAUUGAUGAAGGAAAAAGAAGAAAAGAAGCGGAUAGAAGCAGAGAAAUUGAAAAAGAAACAGGAACUCCUCGAAGCGCAGCGGGCUAAAGAGGAACAGAAAAAGAUACCACCAUCCGAGAUGUUCAAGCGAGAGACUGAUAAAUAUUCCAAGUUUGAUGAUAAGGGUCUUCCAACGCAUGAUAAUGAAGGCAAAGAGCUCAGCAAAGGUCUCGUUAAGAAACUGCAGAAGCUGCAACAAGCCCAAGAGAAGAAAUACAAUGAGUACUUAGCGUCUAUCAAUACUUGCUGAAUCAACAUUACUAUUUAUAUUAUUUUUCACAAUUGUUACAACAUCAUCGCCCAUCAUAAUUUAUAAAGUAAAAUUGAAAUGCAAUAUUUCGAGUGAUUAGAGUAGGUAGACUAAAUUGAGGAUAUUGAUUUGAAGCGCAUACAUUAUUUGGAAUUUAUUGAUAAUUAUGAUUAUUUUUCUGGAAACUUCUUAUUUAAAAUGAUGCGAUUUCAAGCAUAAAAUUAUAUAGUAGUAAAGUGAAUAAAUCUAAAUAGUAUU